AGUAUCGUCUUUACACCGCCGCCGCCCAAUCCGAAACCCAUAAAGCUUUGGAAGUCCGAAUGCGCUCUUUCAACCGUCUGAUCUCUGCUUCUUCCUUCCCCGGAGUUCCGCCGCAAAUUCUGUUUGAAACCAGACCCACUCCGGUGAACGAUGCUCUGUUUCAUCUCUCUCUGCGCCAACUCCAUGAUCCUCUGUUUCACAUCCCCCGGUUACUCUCCACACUCGACAUCCACGCCGCCGCCUGCGAAGUCAUUGGCUGGAAGAUCGCAUCUCAGAUCGCCCAGUUAUCCGCCGGAAACAGAGAGACGAGUUUCCACAUCGUCGUUGAGGUGGAUUUCAUCCAAAACAUCUGGAUGGGUCAGGUAGCCGGAAUGCGCCAGGGACAGGGCAACGGCGGCGGACUGGUGGAGGAGACUGUUGUUCUGGAUGAGUUGCCGGCGAGGAGGAGGCAGAGGAGAGGAGUGGUGGCGCGUGUUGAAGUGGAGGAAGAGAAGGAAUUGGGAGAUUGCUGUAUCUGUUUGGAUGAGAUGAUGAAUAAGAAGAGGGAGGUGAUAAGGACUCCCUGCGGGCAUGUGUAUCAUGAAUCAUGCAUCUUCCAGUGGCUCAACCUCCAUAACUCUUGCCCUCUCUGUAAACGCCCACUGCCAUUGGAGGAGGACUCAACCUGACUUCC